UUUAAUUACAUUUUCAAGUCUAAACAAACUGGAUGGAGAUGAUGCAGAUGUCCUCGAAAGCCAGGAGGGACAAGAAAUGGCUCAGGGAGUUUUCUCUCACAUUCUACAGAAGGAUGCAUUUCUUGUCUUUAGAAGUCUGUGUAAACUCAGCAUGAAACCCCUUGCUGACGGUCCCCCAGACCCAAAGUCCCAUGAGCUGCGGUCCAAAAUCCUGUCACUUCGCCUUCUGUUAUCCAUCCUUCAGAAUGCCGGUCCAGUGUUUCAGACAAAUGAAAUGUUUAUAAAUGCUAUUAAACAGUAUUUGUGUGUGGCGCUGUCCAAAAAUGGGGUGAGCUCAGUACCAGAGGUAUUUGAGCUUUCUUUGGCUAUAUUUCUUACACUCCUGUCCAACUUCAAACAGUACCUGAAAAUGCAGAUAGAGGUGUUCUUCAAAGAAAUUUUCCUGUCUAUCUUGGAGACCCCCAGCAGUUCCUUCGACCACAAAUGGAUGGUUAUACAGGCUCUGACUAGGAUAUGUGCAGAUGCCCAGUGUGUUGUAGAUAUAUAUCUUAACUAUGACUGUGACUUGACACUGGCCAAUAUUUUUGAACGACUGGUGAACGAUUUAUCAAAGAUUGCUCAAGGACGACAUGCUCUGGCUUUAGGUGCAACACCAAACCAGGAGAAGAGUAUCCGUAUCAAGGGUUUAGAAUGUCUAGUGUCUAUACUGAAAUGUAUGGUAGAAUGGAGUAAGGAUUUAUAUAUCAACCCUCACUCUCAGUCAAACCUAGGUCAGGAAAGUAAACCUUUUAAUGACACAGACAAUGAUUCCGGAAACAGCACAAUGAAAAGUUAUGGCAGUGUAAAUUCUAUCAAUUCGACCAGCAGCUCACAGGCACCUAGUCUGUCUCUUGACAACCCAGAGGAAUUUGAGAGUAUCAAACAACAGAAGGAGAUCAUGGAGGCUGGCAUAGAAAUGUUUAACAAGAAACCUUAUAAAGGUUUACAUUACCUACAAGAGCAAGGCAUGCUGGGUACAGCUCCUGAUGAUGUCGCAGAAUUCUUUCAUUCUGAUGAACGUCUUGAUAAGACUGUUCUUGGUGAUUUCUUAAGUGAAAAUGAAAAACACAACAAGGAAGUGAUGUAUGCGUACAUUGAUCAGAUGGAUUUCACAGAGAUGAAUUUUGUUCCUGCCCUUCGACGGUUCCUGGAAGGAUUCCGAUUACCAGGCGAAGCUCAGAAAAUUGAUAGACUUAUGGAGAAAUUUGCAUCACGGUAUUAUGAGUGUAACUCCAAUACAGAAAUCUUCGCCACAGCAGAUGCUGCCUAUGUGUUAGCAUAUUCAGUCAUAAUGUUGACAACAGACCUCCACAGUCCCCAGGUUAAAAUUAAAAUGAAGAAGGAACAGUAUAUAAAGAUGAACCGAGGUAUUAACGAUAGUAAGGAUCUCCCAGAGGAAUAUCUUUCUGCCAUCUAUGACGAGAUCGCCGGAAAUGAGAUCAAAAUGAAAGUGUCUGGUUCGACAAAAGCUCCAACAUCAGUUGCUAAGGACAUAACUAGUGACAAGCAGCGCCGUUUGUUAUAUAACCUGGAGAUGGAACAGAUGGCCCACACGGCCAAGGCUCUUAUGGAGAGUGUAAGCCAUGUGUCAUCAAACUUCACCAGUGCUACACACCUGGAGCAUGUGCGACCCAUGUUUAAGAUGGCCUGGACACCCUACUUGGCAGCAUUCAGUGUUGGACUACAGGACUGUGAUGACAUUACGAUAGCCAGUCUGUGUUUGGAUGGACUGCGAUGUGCAAUUCGUAUAGCUUGUAUAUUUCAUAUGGAGAUUGAGAGAGAUGCCUAUGUACAAGCACUGGCAAGGUUUACACUCCUGACUGCAGCAUCACCCCUGACAGAAAUGAAAACCAAGAAUAUUGAUACUAUCAAAACCCUCAUAUCUGUGGCUCACACAGAUGGAAACUACCUUGGCAGGUCAUGGCUGGAGAUUCUGCGAUGUAUAUCACAACUAGAACUAGCCCAAUUGAUUGGAACUGGGGUCAAACCAAGGUCAACACACAACUAUCAUAACCGUGGGAAUGUGGACAGUGCAGGACACCCGAUUGAGGCCUUCGACCCCGAAGUGAUAGCAAGGGGAGGUCUGGAUUCUAAGAGACUAGCUAACCUACAGGAACAGAUGGGUGAGACAAGCUCUCAGAGUGUGGUGGUUGCAGUGGACCGCAUCUUUACAGGAUCUGUCAGGUUGGACGGGGUUGCUGUGGUUGAGUUUACGCGGGCUCUGUGUCAUGUGUCACUUGACGAAUUAGCCAAUGUCAAUCAUCCACGCAUGUUUAGCCUGACUAAGAUUGUGGAGAUCUCCUACUAUAACAUGGGACGUAUCAGGUUGCAGUGGUCUCGCAUCUGGCAGGUCCUUGGUGACCACUUUAAUAAGGUUGGCUGCAACCCAAAUGAAGACAUAGUGUUUUUCGCAGUCGAUUCCCUGCGACAACUCUCUAUGAAGUUUAUAGAGAAAGGAGAGUUUGCCAACUUUAGAUUCCAGAAAGACUUUCUCAGGCCUUUUGAACAUAUCAUGAAAAGAAACAGGUCUCCCACAAUAAGAGACAUGGUUGUGAGAUGUGUAGCCCAGAUGGUGAAUUCCCAGGCAGGAAAUAUUCGCUCUGGCUGGAAAAACAUCUUCAGUGUGUUUCACUUGGCAGCUUCUGACCAUGAUGAGGGCAUUGUAGAGUUAGCUUUCCAAACAACAGGCAAAAUUAUCUCUAGUAUAUUUGAGAAACACUUUGCCGCUGUGAUAGACUCCUUCCAAGACGCUGUGAAAUGUCUGUCGGAGUUUGCUUGUAAUGCAGCAUUCCCUGACACCAGUAUGGAGGCAAUCCGUCUCAUUAGGAAUUGUGCCAAAUAUGUCGCUGAAAAACCACAUAUGUUCCGGGAUCAUGCUGGUGAUGAAAUCAAUGUUCCUGAAGAGGAUCGAGUUUGGGUGAAAGGAUGGUUUCCAGUCUUGUUCGAGCUCUCCUGUGUUAUAAAUCGUUGUAAAUUAGAUGUCCGAACCAGAGGUCUGACAGUAAUGUUUGAGAUAAUGAAGACCUAUGGUGAGACAUUCCAGAGCCACUGGUGGCGUGAUCUGUUCCAAGUUGUGUUCCGUAUCUUUGACAAUAUGAAGCUGCCUGAGCAGCAGAAUGAGAAGGCAGAAUGGAUGACUACGACGUGUAACCAUGCAUUGUAUGCCAUUGUGGAUGUGUUUACACAGUACUAUGAGGUCCUACACGAUGUUCUCUUGAUAGAAUUAUAUCAGCAGCUCCAGUGGUGUGUACGUCAGGACAAUGAGCAGCUUGCUCGCUCGGGUACCAACUGUCUGGAAAACCUGGUUAUCUCAAACGGUGAAAAGUUCUCAUCUGAUAUCUGGCACAGUACUUGUACUUGUAUGUUAGAUAUAUUUAGGAGCACUAUACCACUCAGUUUGUUGACAUGGCGACCAGAGACACCAGACACACCCGAGUCACCUUCAUCUUUAGUAAAGCAGAACACGAUUGGGGAACAUGAUGUGGCUUAUGUAGGCGAUGAUACACAGGACAAUAUCUCUGUAGAAAGUAGCCAUGACAACCGUUCACUGAAGCGUGCAGACAGUAACCAUAGUGUCAACAGUUCAGUAUCACAGGAGUCACGAGAACAUAAGAUCCCACGUUCUAAAGUGAGCUCUGACCAGAAGUUGUUUCAGGGACUACUCAUUAAAUGUGUUGUCCAGCUUGAACUGAUUCAAACCAUAGAUAACAUAGUCUUCUUCCCCACCACCAGCAAGAAGGAGGAUGCUGAGAAUUUGGCUGCAGCUCAGGGGGGUGUGUCAGUGGGCGGGACCCCAGCACAAGAGGAGGACCAGGGGAUGUACCAAUACCUGAAGUCAGACCAGCUCUUCCUCCUGGCUGACUGUCUAAAAGAAUCGCACAGCUUCGCCAAGGACUUCAAUGCUAAUCACGAACAGCGUAACACUUUGUGGAAAGCUGGUUUCCGUGGCAAGGCCAAGCCCAAUCUCCUCAAACAGGAGACUCAGAGUCUGGCCUGUCUUUUCCGUAUUCUGUUCCGUAUGUAUGAUGAUGAAGCUCGCCAGAAUGAUUGGGAUGACAUUGAGAAACGACUCAUUCAGACAUGCCAGGAGGCACUAGAAUACUUCUUGUCACUCCAGUCAGACAGCCAUCGUGAGGCAUGGAGCAGUUUGCUUAUUCUCAUCCUAACCCGCCUCCUCAAGAUGUCAGAUAAAAGGUUCACGGUUCAUGCCAGAGCUUACUACCCGUCCAUCUGUGAAGUGCUAAUGUUUGAUCUGAAGCUAGAAAUGAGAUCCAUCUUACGUAAAUUCCUUCAGCGAAUGGGCCCUGUGUUCAGCAUAACUUCCAGUUAGUGGCAUCCAUUCAGUUCUACCAUACUGUGGCAUUGUAUUGUAGAACUUCAUUCUGUUCAAGCAGUCUUUGAUGGAAUAGGUGUUUUGUACUGGGCAUUUAUGAUGUCCAGCUUUUCAGUUGUAAUGUAAAUUUAAUUUAUGAACUCAAACUUUGAAACUGUUCUAUAUACUGAAAGCCCUGGAAAUAUUUUAAAAAUCAUAGAAACCAUGAAAUGGUUACAAAAUGCCUGGAGUGUCAUAUCUUCAAUAGUGAUGUAUCCUCCAUUAUUUGAUAGAUGUAUGUGUUUUAUCAGGAUGGUGUGGUGAAUGGCAUUUUAUUUCUGUAGAUAUACAGUAGAGGCUUUUCUGUUCAAAAUCACAUAAUAUGUAGGGACUGACCAAUGAUUUCACACACAUUUCAGGAGAAAUUUAGACAAAAGUUUGCCAGUCAGUAGCAGUUGCUUUGAUCUGAUCAGAUUUCUUUACAGACUAUGAAAAAGGGCUGUUCCAGUAAAACAACUGUCCCACCCCAGUGUUUCUUUAUGGGACACUGCCCCUUAGAAAUAGACAGGAAAUUGAACCAUGGAUGGAAGUGAUUUAUUUCAAAGUCCUCUGGUCAAGUAGAUGUUUUACUGGAAGAGCCUAAAAAUAGAUAUACAAAAAGUACAAACUAGGAGCAUGAACAUUAACACAUGAAAUAUGAUAUUUUGAGAAUGGGAUUCACAUACUUGAAAAAUCGUUUUUAAUCAAUCAAUGUUGUAUUGCUUAGAUAUAUCGGAUUAUUUAAAGAAUUCUGUACAUCCUGAUAAAGUGUGAUUUGUUCCAAACCUUUCAGGAGAACUCAAUACUUGUUUAUUGUAGUUGUAUAUAGUAUGAAUGGUAGAAUUGUAAUGGAUGUGAAAAUUAAAGAAAACUUAAUUAAAAUUGCUUUAUUGAAGAUUAUUAAAACCAUUUAGCAAAGUUUGGAAAUUCUUUUCAUAUCUUAGGACUAUUACACCAUGUACUGGAGUUUGAAAGAAGGUUGAUAUUUCUUAAGUUGAUAUACUGUGGAUAACUAUUUAGAAAAAACAUUUUGCUAUGUAAAAACUGCUAACUGGAAUUAAACUCCAAUGACCAUCAAGUUUGAUAUUUAUGGUAUACAUUUUUAUAUCGCAUGAUGUAUUGAAGCAAAACCUGGAUUCACAUGUUUUAUAACAUUCCCCUAGCAGCAAAAUAUCCAGUCGUUGCUUUCACUUGUGUCACAUCAGUGAAAGAGUUAGGAAAUUGAAAUCUGAUUGGUUUUUAAAUUGUGAGGAGGAUUUCAAAGACAAGUUUUCAUAUGCAGAAAGUGAAAAUUUCUUAUUCAGAUCACAUUCAAUGAAAGUCAAGUUCAUGUGUCAGGUUUUAAAUAAUUUCAUACAUCAACAAUAGGGCUUUUUCACACUAUACACUCUACUUAAACCUUUGUCAAAUAUAUAUUUUGUCGGUUGUGUAAGUAGGUUUAAGCCAGUUAAACUCUUAAUUCUUCUGUUACAGGUGAAGAUUUUUUUUUUAUAUUUUUAUAUAUACAGAGUAAAAGUUCUGUAUAACAUGAUGAACAAAGUUCAGAGGUGACUUUGGAUUUUGAUUGUUUUUUUUUCUGAAAUGUUUAUAUUUUAGAAAGAUUAAUUUUUUUUACAGUGGAAUUCCAUUUUUUUCUGUAAAUUAUUUUUUUUGAGUUUAGACUCUAGAAUGCCUAGUAUCAUUGUCAUGGCUAUUUCCCAGAUAUGUAAAAUUUAAAUUUCAUUUAAUCGUAUGUACUUAUUUUUACGGUCUAGUCUAGUGAUUUGGUUUUACAAACACUGUCUCUUUUGUGAUACUGGUUUUAUAUGAUUAAAACGUUUGAACAGGUGAAAAUAGGACCAAAAUAAAUAUUCCUCUAUCUAUCAGAAAUUAUUGUGCCAAGGUGAAAAAAAAUGUGACUUUUUUUCCUUUUCUCCUAAAGAAAGUGUUUUUCAGUUAAGAUUGUAUUGUCAUUAACUUUUAUAUCCUGAUCGUGUUGGUUUUAGUUUUAGUGUUUAAGUCUGUAUAUAACUACUCUGUGAUCAUACAUUCCUCCUCUAUAUAAAUUGUUUCAUUACUACAUGUUAUACAUCAUAACAGCAUAUGGAUAUUAACUAGUAUUAUGGCACACACUUACAAUUUGGAAAACAAACAACAAGGAAAAAAUGCAGCUUUGCAGUAUCUUGAAACACUAUAUAAGGUAUUUCUUACAAUGGUGUUUUAGACAAAACAUAAUUUUGAGAUUUAUUACAAAAUUCAACAAAAAGUGUUUAUUAAGUUUCCAACAGUUGUGAUUCCACACGGUAGAUAUCAUUUGGUAGUAUCUCAAAUUAAUUGUAAUGUGUGCAUAAUUAUGAAAACCAAAAGUGCAAUAUAUUCUGGUGAAAUGUUGAGGUAUUGGUUAUUUAUAGAUAGCAAAUGCAAUUCAGAUUUUAUAAGUUGUGUAUUAGAAUUCAUUUCCAUGGUUCUUUUGUCUUCUAAAGUUUUGCUGUAUCGACAUAUGCAUAGAACAAAUAGUUGUUUCCCUAUCAUGAAACUGAAUUGUCAAUCAGUCUCAUUCUAUACUGUAAAAUGAUAUAUUUUGGUGUGGCUUGUUUUCUUGGGCUUUUCAAAAACUUGCUCUUUAGUAGACACUUGAUUUAGUGGAUGAAGGUGGCUCAGAAAAUUUACUGAUACUGAUUUCAACAGUUUGUUCACAAGAAUCCAUGGAUUAAGAGUAUCCACAAACUGUCUGAAAAUAAAACGCCCUCAAAAAUUUAUGAUUUUACAGUUGCUUUUGAUACUGUUUAUAUUUUUAUUUUUGUUUGUAGCAAUCUUUUUUUAAUAUUUGGCAUACCUGUCUGUUUAGGCUUUGUUUUAAGUUCUUAACUUAUGUAUACUGUAUGUUAUAUAAAUUUAUGAGUUAUCAUAAAUUGUGAAAAUCUGUAAUAUAGUUGUAAAUCCUAUUUAAUCCUUUAUAAAAUGUAAAUGAUAUUUAUCUUGAAAUAACCUGUACAUAUUGUACAUUUUAGAUGUGUCCCUUUCUGUCCCUUGUUCUGUUGGUGUAGCUCAGAUCCUAUCCUGUUUCCAGUUGGAAUCACUUAAAUGGAUCACUAUGCUUCAGAGUUGCUUAUCACAUAACAUUCCAGACACAAGUGCUGGAGGUGUGUGUGUGUGGUGGUGAACGUGUGUGUGUGUAUAUAUAUAUAUAUUAGAAUUCUACAUGUGGGAAGACAUUUUUUAUGUUUUAUAAUGAAACAAUUUGUUGAAAUGUUGCAUUCAAUUUCUGGUGACUUCAGCCAAAACCUAUGACCGAAAUAUUUUGAAAUUGUCACCACUCAAUAUGCAAAGUGCCAACUUUAUUAAAGUCAGCACUUCAGCAUUGAAAAUAGGAUACAAAUACAUAUGUACCCUGAUUAACAAAAUAAAAAAACUCAAAAAAGUUGAAGCAGUUUUUCAUAAACUGUACAUGUUGAAUGGGAAAAUUUAGCACCAUGAAAUUUUAUCACAGAACAUAUUGUCAGUAUGGCUUGGUUUAAAAAGAGUUAAGGUUUAUUUUAUGUAUGAUAUGAAGUAUGUAUCAGAGCAAAGGGAUGCUACCAGGUAAGACAGCAAAACUUGUGAUAAACAAUGAUGAGAUGUAUACAAUGUGUGUAAUGUAUCUGUUUGUUGUAUGUAUGCAGUGUAUGAAAAUGUGUACAGUGUAUGUAACUUGUAUGGUAAUGUUACAAUACAUUUUAUGAUGUUUACAUUGUAUGAAAAAUUACAAAAUGUACAUAACAUGGUAAUUUUACAAUGUACAUGUAUGUAUGUCAUAUAUAAACAUUGUAUGGUGAUUUAUACAAUGCAGGAAGAUGUACUGAGGGUGUAAUACCAUGUAAUGGUGUUCUAUAACACUGUGACAUCUGUACAGCUAACAUGUGAUAUUAAGCUAUAAUCUGUGAAAAUGAGGGACUAUUUUAAUAAACAGUUUAAACCACA